GAGAAGGGGCGGGACCCGUGGGAGAGAGGCGGAGGUGGGCAGCAGAGACCCGCAGAGUUAGAGAAGGAGCAGGAGACAGCCUGGGCUGAGCGGACCGGCACGGGUGAGGAGGCUUGCAGGAUAAGGAAGCGAACCGCGCGAGAGGAUCAGACCCGGAGGGAUUGCAGGUUCCGAUUUUUGGGUACUCCGGCAGUUGCUCUCCAGCCCCUGCUUCUGAACCUAUGGAUUCUCCAGCUAGCGUUUCCUCCUGUUCUUCCUACUCUCUCUCUUCCUCUUUUUCCACCUCCCCAGUGAACAGUGACUUUGGCCUCCUCUCCGAUAGUGAGGGGGAGGACAAGGAGACCCAUGACCCCAUGUCCGACCCUGUCGGGCAAAGGGGAGGUUCUCGGCCCAGCCCUGGUCCUAUCCGCUGCAAGCAACGGCCCAAGGUUUCCAGCAACCAACAUACAGUAUCUCACUUGGAACAACGGGGCUUGGCCUCUCCUUUGGCAGGAUCUGGGGUCAAAAGAUCAAGAGAUGGUGAAUUACAGCCCAACAUAAACAUCCAGGGUUGUACCACAGAAGGAGACCUGCUUUUUGCUCAGAAGUGUAAAGAGCUUCAAGGAUUCAUUCGCCCUCUCACAGACCUACUGAAUGGGCUGAAGACAGGUCGAUUUGAGAGAGGAUUGAGCAGUUUCCAGCAGAGUGUGGCAAUGGAUAGAAUCCAGCGUAUUGUAGGUGUUUUGCAGAAGCCACAGAUGGGGGAACGUUACCUAGGAACCUUGCUACAGGUAGAAGGGAUGUUAAAGACUUGGUUUCCUCAUAUAGCUGCCCAAAAGUCAUCAUUGGGUAAUAGCAGGCAUCAGCUGACCAAGCAUUUUUCGAGCCACCACAGUUCCUCAGCUGCUUCCUCUCCUGCACCUCCCAUGGAAAAGACGGACCAUACACAGCUAGGACAUCUACUGUUGAAACCAAAGCAGCCUUGGCAUCUCACUGAAUGGCCAACUAUGCACCUGACUUGGAUCCACACCACUCCAAUUUGCAACCCCCCCCUCAGUUCCCCAGGUACCCUUUCCUUUAGCCAUGGUCCUUUAGGCACUGGAGCCAGCAUUGGUGUCAUCCUUUUUGUCCAGCAUGGAGUGCAGCCCUUCACCCACUCUGCCCCAGCCUCUCCAGUUCCACCCACUACAGCGUCUCCUGUCAUCCCUGGUGAUCCUAAGAAACUCUCUGGAGAUGGACCUUAUUGCCACCACUUGCCAGUAACUCUGCCACCAGACUGGGGCUGUACCCAAUCUGGUCCUAGUCUACCCACCAUGGUCAGAGAGAUGACUGUGGGACAGCUAGAACAGUGGAGAAGCCAUCCUCCAGUUGCUCCUGAUGUCCAUUCUCUCAACCCCUAAUCCAGGACUUGAGACUGUGGUUUCCGAUUUGUGUAAAUAUAUGUCUCUGUCAUCUAUUUUUUUUUUUUUUACUUUUAAUGUGUGCAUUUGUGUUGAGAGAAGUCCUUUUUGAUUAAAGAAAUUUUAUACCUAAA